CAACGCCAUUCCCUGUUGGCACUCCUGAUACAUGUCUAUACUUGUUUAUACGUAGCAAGCAUUUGUGCAUUCUAGCGGAGCGCGCUUGAGAUAAGGACCUAUCUGCUGAAGAGCCUUGGCGCAGAGAUCACCUGUACCUUGUGGCUUCUUACUAGAUCAGACAGCAUAAUGACAAUGGCAGGCUUAUAACGGACACGACAGCCGACGGAGACCGUAAUUCAACCUGACCAUCCUUUCCUAGGCCCGAAGCAACAGUAGGAUGCAACCAAGAAGGGAGGUUUGGGAAUACGGUGGGCUUCCGCUUCAGGCCUUGUGUCCUCAGUUGGAUGGCGUCCAGACGCUGCUAUCCUUCCAUGGAAAGCUACUCGCGCGCAGCAAGACUGGGCGCAAUGGACAACGCAUCGUCACCGCAGCCGACAUGGCUCAAGUCCUGGAGCUCACUUCCGCCCAAGUCGAAGUCCUAACAGAAAUCCUCGCGGCCCUGUCGUACGCCAACUCCUCGCCUCCCACCUCCGCAUCCCAACCAGCCUCCUCCUCUCCACCUCCUCCGCCUGCCGUGGGUCAAGAGGAGCUCUACCUACACGAGCUCUCACUCUUCCUCCUCGCGCAGCUCUUUUCCAAGGAAGCCCAGCGCGCUGACGCCGUGGAGUACUGGCCCGACCCCAGCAGCAGCAGUAGUGGCUUUGCGGCGCCGCCUCCGCCGCCGCCGCCAAGGCCAGCUUCAGUCUGCAGGCGCCAGAUGAUUUCCUGCCCUUUGUGGUGCCGUUCGUGGGGGGAGCGGGGCCGCUGGCAGGCGGCUCCGCCCCGCCCCUAGCCAGCCGCUGGAACCACCUGGCCGCCUCCGCGCAGCGCGGCCCCGCCCCGCUGUACCUCUUCCCGCUGCCGCCCGACUACGAGCGGGCACUGCAGCGGCGACUCAACCUCACGCACGACAUGCGCAGCAAGUUCAAACAGGCGGGUCUCACCAAGGACAAGGAGCGGGAGCUCAACGACGCCAUCCAGGGAUACUUCAAGGAGUGGCUGGUGGGAUCCAACCUGCUGCGACAAAUAUACGACCUGUCAACACUGGAGAAGGAGGAGCUGGCGGCGGCGG